AUGAGCGACGCUCAGGCCUCUGCAUCUACUCAAGAACCGCUUGUAGAAGAUCCAGCUGCACCAUCAAAGAGUGCAUUGAAGAAAAAGGCAAAAGAGGAGGAAAAGGCGCGCAAGGCAGAGGAACGAAAGCGCAAAGAGGAAGAAGCAAAAGCCGCAAAAGCUGCCGCUGAUAGCGUGGACGUCGCCGCAGAUAGCUAUGGCAGGUUACCGCUUCAUCAAUCCCAGGACGAUACACCAAAGGAACCCUUUAAGCGAUUGGAAACGAUCGGAAGUGAGGAUGUUGGCAAAACUAUCACCUUUCGGGCACGUUUGGCGAAUAGCAGACAGCAGGGAAACAAAAUGCUAUUUUGCGAAUUCAGGCAAAGUCUGGUCAGCAUCCAAGGUCUCCUGGAGCUCAAUGAGAAUAAGGAAGGAAAGCCACUCGUUUCCAAGCAAAUGAUGAAAUUCUGCGCUGCUAUCACAUUGGAAUCGCUUGUUCUCGUCGAAGGAAAGGUUACGGCAGUCGACAAGCCGGUGGAAUCCACGACGAUCAAGAACUUUGAGGUUCAUAUCGGCAAGAUGUGGACGGUUAUCGCAGUCAACCCGUUGCCAAUUCAGAUCACCGCCGCCACUCAGCCUCCCCCAGCAGAGGAUGCCUCGGAAGAGGCCAAGCAAGCCACUAUCGGUCUCGACACCCGUCUGAAUUACCGCGUUAUCGACUUGCGGACACGCACCAAUCAAGCCAUCUUCCGUAUCCGUUCCGGCGUCAAACACCUCUUCCGCGAAUACCUUGAUGCGCGCGGCUUCAUCGAGUUUGAAACGCCAAAACUGCAAGGUGCAAUGACAGAGUCUGGCGCAAGUGUGUUCAACGUCAAGUACUUUGAGCGCCCAGCCUUUCUCGCGCAAUCGCCCCAACUCGCCAAGCAGAUGAUCGUCUCGGGUGACUUUGAUCGCAUGUACGAGAUUGGACCCGUUUUCCGUGCUGAAAACUCGUGGGGCCCACGGCACAUGACAGAGUUCACCGGGAUGGAUAUUGAAAUGGCUAUUGAACACCAUUAUCAUGAAGUCGUCUCACUUCUGGAAGACAUGCUCAUCUUUAUCUUCCACGGUCUCAAUAAGCGCUUCGGCCAACCGGGAGGAGAGAUUGAAUGGGUCCGUAAGCAAUGGCCGUCUGAGCCAUUUGUCGUCCCCGAAAAGGCAGUACGACUACGUUUCUCUGAAGGCAUUCAAAUGUUGCGCGAGGCAGGCCGCGACCUCGAAGAGCUAGAAGAUCUAGGCACGGAGGAUGAAAAGAUGCUCGGAAGACUUGUCAAGGAGCGUUACAAUACCGAUUUCUUCGUCUUGGACAAGUUCCCUGCAAAGAUUCGUCCAUUCUACACAAUGCCUGAUCCGCAUGAUCCAAGGUACUCCAACAGCUACGACUUCUUCAUGAGAGGUCAAGAGAUUCUCUCUGGCGCGCAACGAGUUCACGAUGCGGAAUUACUCAAACAGCAAAUGGCAAAGGUUGUCCCUCCGAUUGACCCCUCGAUCAUGAAGGAUUAUAUCAAUGCAUUUGAGUAUGGCGCGCCUCCUCAUGCCGGAGCAGGUCUAGGUACACCUUAG